CGCUCUUACUUCCUACCCUCAUUGCCGUCAACGACGACGAGGUUUCUGCAUCACUUCCGCGCAUAUACCCUGCUCAACUGCUCUCUACGCCUCGAUGAACCUCGGACGCUCCUACUCCCGCAGUCGCAGCAAGUCUCGAUCUCCUGUGCCUCCUUCGCCUCAACCUCCCUCUUCGCCGCGAUUCCUCCCACCAUCCCACUACGCCGCCGCUGCCGGAGUCCCCUACAAUCCGCCCUCACGCAACAAAGACGACGACACGAGAAGCAAAGCGCGACCUUCUCCCGAAGCUCGCGAACACGCCGCAACACCGCCCUGCGACGUCCCCUCCGAGUCCUCCUUCGAGUUCAAGCCCCGCACGGAAUCUCGCUUUAGUCUCUUCGCCCGCCGCCUCUCCGUCAGCCACCCCCGCCCCGCCGAACAGGACGUGAACGCCGCCGACGUACCCGAUAUCCCUAUGCUCGAAGCGCAAUUGCUCCCUACGCUCCGCGACACGAUCACGCGCAUGACGCGCCCGCCUUCCUCCGCUUCGAGCGCUCCGCCCUCGCCUAUGCUGGAUCCGCCGCGUGAUCGGCGCCGUUCUGUGUCUCCUGCCGCUUCGUCGUCUCCGCGUCCGCAAGAGACUCACGCGCCUCCUCUACCGCCCGCUGAACCCCGCGACCACAAUACCUCGAGAAAGUCCUCAAAUCGGAGAAACACUGUUGUCGCUGGAGCUCCGCCGCCGAAGUCUCCUCGCCCAGGAGAGCUCUACGACUCGCCUUUGCCUAUGGAGCCCCAAGAGUCUCGACCUCAGGAAUCUCGGUCUACGCGCACGCCAGAGCCGACGUCCCACAGAAGACGACACCAUACCACGGAAGCGCCCUCUCAGUCUUCGCGACAUGCUGACACUCGGACUACUACGCCUGCGCCACGGGAGGCCAAGACUGCCAAUGCACCUGAGUCCGCGCGCGAGAGGAGACCGUCGAAGACUGCACUCAAGUCUGCUCUACGUAGUCCGACUCCCAAGUCUCCUCGGCCGUCAAACGUUGCUUGGACGCCUACGCCUACGACUCCGAAGCCCUCCAAGGCCUCAAGUUCUCGCACGCCGACAUCGAACACGUCCGCUCUCCAGACACCGUCGAGGCCUAGUAGCAGGACAAGAUCUAGGACUGACCCUGGCACUCCUCUUAAUGCCAAACCCGCAACUCCUCUACGCUCCCCUGGUUUUCAGUCCAACGCCUCCGGCGCGUCCCCCGGCUUCUCCCAGAUCCCCCGCCCCAAUCAAUCCCGCCGAGGCAAGUUCUCCGACGACUCAGACGUCGAGUACCGGUAUCGCGCCGACGCGGUCGACCGCCGCAAGCUCGUUAUCACCAAUCCGUCGCACUCGUCGUCGGAAAGCGAGCGCGAGCCGUCGUCGUCCGUACGCCGCACAUUGGCGUCACCCAAGACGAACCGGCAGUACCAGACCCUGCCCGCGCGGCCGUCCAAGCUGUCCGACAAGACUGCGCAGGUGCUGAAGCGGCUGUCGCAGACGCAGCAUACACCGAGGCCGCGGCAGACGUACUUCGGUGACGCGGAUACCGAGAGCGCCUCCGAGGGGAGCGUUGGUCAUGGACCUAGUGACUCGGUAACGUCGACGGAAUCCGUGGACCCGCCACCGCCACCGCCGUCACAGCGGAGCAGAGGCAGCACAGACCGCAUGCGGCGGCAGUCUGCGUUACUCGAUAUCGUCGGUGCGCUUCGAGCGCCUAAGGGCGAGACAGCUCGCGAGGAGAGCGAGUACGAGGGCGAGCCUACGGCCGUGGCGUACAGCGGGACAUCGGGGACAUACAGCGCGACGGCCGAUAACUCCAGCGCGCAAGAGAGCAGCGAGGACGAAUCGGAGUACAGCGAGUAUGAGGAUGAGCCGCCGAGGACGCCCAUGCCGCAGAAUACGCCGGUGAUGGGGCAGCAUCGAGCCGGAGGCGCCGUGCCGACUUUCACGUUUUCCGAUGACGAUGGAGGGACGCAUCAGCACGCGCGAUCAACAACACCCACUCGUCUCAGCCGGAACGAGCCAGAUGACCAACUCCGCGACCUCGACGCCGUCGCCCUCGCCCAGCAGGCGCGCGCCGUCGCCGUUCGCGAACGCCUAGCUCUCGGAAUCCCGCCCUCUGCCUCCGAUGAGCUUCCCAGCCGGCACAUGCGCACGGACAGCGACGCGAGCGUAUUUUCGUCCAUCGACAGCAUCAGCAUGCAAUUGCAGGACAGCGCGAGCGAUCUGAGCUCGGGCGCGGAGGCGAUGCUAAGGAAGCUCAGCACGAACGGACGGGCAAGGGAAGGGUGGCGGAGGGGGAUGCAGGGGCCGGUGGUGGAUAGGCGAGAUGUGCAGACGUCUGCGGAUAGACGAGAGGCGCAGGCGUCCGCGGAUAGGCGUGAUCGGCAGCUGCCCGACAGGCGCGAGGCGCAAUCGUCCGCAGACAGGCGCGACAGGCAGGACUACCAGGAAACGGACUCGGGCGAGGAGAGCGCGGCGACCGACAGCAACAUCGACCGUUCGGUAUCGCACUUCUUCGACAUACCGGUCAAGGAACGCGUUAGGUUCGCCGAGACAGAUACCAUGAUCACCUCUGCCUCGGAAGAACUCGCGAAGCGGACCCCGCCACCUGUAGACGCCGGGGACACAGAACCCCAACGAGCGGCGCUCAUCCGCGACUUCAUUGCCGCGGAAGAAGAGUUCGUGGCGCGCACGCAGUUCUUCAUCAAGCACUUCAUUCUGCCACUACGCCUGCAGAAUACCCGUCGAUGGGUCCAGGGCGUUCCGCCGCGCGCUGCCCGCCUGCUCGACUGGUUCGAGGACAUCGCGAACCUGCACGCUCAGGUGCUCGAUGCGCUGCGUACUCCGCCUGCAUCCCCGGCCGCCCAUAGUCGACGCCCCUCGUCGCAGCCCAUCUCGCUAGUCCCAAUGCGCGCGUUCUUACCGCGUCUGGAGAUCUACCAGCCGUACAUCGUGACCUUUGUCGCCGUGGCGGGCGAGGUGCGCAGGGACGAAAGCGACUUUGGCGAGUUUGUGGGGCUGCAGGAGGAGCAAGAGGAGUGUGCGGGGUGGGAUCUGGAGCGAUUUCUUGCGGAGCCGGUGAAUAGGCUGGCGGCUUAUCCGGGGUCGUUCAGGAAACUGCUCGACCUAACGCCCAAGCCGCACCCAGAAUACCUCGAGACGCUGGCGCUGUUCCGCGCUACGGACGUGCUAAUCAAGGUCAUGACGGAGGUCAAGGCGCGCGAAGACGAGUACGAGGCCGCGAAGAGGCUGCUCGAGCGUGUGCGUGGGCUACCGGCGGGCUCGGGGCUGCUACGACGAGAGCGCCGACUGCUGCGCCAUGGGCCUCUCGUCCGUAUACCAAUGCCCGAUGUCGCUGCGAACGACGGCGAGCAACCCGGACAGCGCACGAGCCGCUUGAUGGAGGCGAUCAAUGACUGGGAUCGACGCAAGCACGCAGGCUCCACGCCUUCGAACGUAACAACAGGGUCGUACGGCUCGUACAAUCCAAGCAUCAUGACGGACGCCCAGUCCGCGGACCCGACUCGUCCUGCGCCGUGUUCGACGCGUACUUCGGUGUACGCUUUCGCGUUCUCGGAUGUGGUUUUGCUGGCGACACCCAUCGCGGGCGAACGUGAUGUAUGGAUGUUGUGCGAGGAUGUGGGAGUGGCGCGGGUUGUGGGCGUUGAGGGAAAGGACGGCGUCAUGUCCUUGACCCUCCUGCCGUUAGACGCCUUCGCUCUCGACGCCCCGCUCGACCUCGCUCGUGCCCGCCUCGAGCAGAUCCACCUCACUGUCCCCGACCUCGGCCGCGCCUCCGCCCCGAGCGACGCCUGGAUGCUCGCGCUAUCGCAGUGCGCGCAGUUCUCCCUCCUCGCCAUCUCUAUGCCACCACCAGACGGUGGCGGCGGCAGGGACAUGCCUGGCGUGGACUCGGGGCUGCAGCAGCGCAUGCGCGGGUAUCCGGCGGAGAUGCUGAACAAGGCGGACGAUUUCCCGAUACCAAAGAGCCCGUCGGCGCAGAUUGAUGAUGCGCAGAAGGGGCGGCGGGAGGACUUGCAGCGGGACGAGCGCGAGGAGCGGGGGUGGUGGCAUACGCGGUUUCAGCAGGUGCUGUGGGAGGUGCAGCAGCAGCUGUAUGUGGGGAGGUAAGAGGAGGGUGUGAUGGCGAUAUGUUAUCUCUCUUGACGUUGGUAGUUUAUACAUGCUAUUAGGCUUCAGCACGAACGGACGUUGAUCACUUCAGGUUUGCUUUGACAGGGGUGAUCGCUGGUGACUUCGUAUUGGUUCUGCCCCUUGUGGCACUCCAGCCUAGUUUCGGGACCCAGCUCUAAAUCUAAGCAGAGUGGCGGUCUGGCAGGCAUUGUGCAUGCAAAUCU